AUGAGAGACGUCACACUAACAAGGAGGGUCAGAUACACCGUUCGCAGGCUGAGUGCAGCUCUUUGGAAAAUUGCGGUGGUCCCAUCGAUCCUCUUCAUACUUUGGUGCUCCGGGGUGGCCGUCAUCUUCCUUAUCCUUUGGUGCAGGGGUUCAGAGACUGCGAGCAUUUCGGGGUACCCAUCAACAUCCAGAAUCGAACAUCAGCUCAAGAAGCAUGCUAAUCUGAGUGCCCGGCUCUGCGUGCCACCCCUUCGCACGAACGGUCGAGAUAUUGUCGACGAUACUGGUUUCCGAUGCAAGCUCAGUUCGGUCAAUUGGUAUGGAGCAAGCGAUAUCUUUAUGGUACCCGGCGGCCUGGAUGUGCGUCACCGACGCCAAAUCGCGAGAACAAUCCGUAGUCUGGGGUUCAACAGUGUUCGGUUGCCUUACGCGGAUGAAAUGGUGAAAGAAAAUCCCCGUAUCGAAGGGAAAUACCUGGCAGCCAACAGAGAUCUUGUUGGCAGAUCGGCGUUGCACAUAUUCACCGAAGUGGUCAACGCUCUGACAGAUGUUGGACUUGCAGUAAUCGUAAACAACCACAUUACUCAAGCCCGGUGGUGUUGCGAUGCUUUGCCUUGCGAUGCAUCCUGGUCAAAUCAAGGAAUUCCAUUUUGCCCUGUGCAUCAAACGGAAGAAGACUGGGUGGAGAAUCUCGUUACCGUCAUGGCGCCACAUGUAUUGAACCCACUUGUUGUUGGCGUGGAUCUUCGGAAUGAAGUUCGGGGUCUACUGGGCGCACGCUUGUGGAACUCAUGGGCUGCCGCCGCCGAAAAUGCUGCGGAACGACUACACCAUCUCCAGCCAGAGUGGUUGAUGGUGGUCGAGGGCGUAUCCUCUGCGAAUGACAUUUCCGGGGCAGGGAAACGUCCCGUCCAACUCCAUCAUGAGAAUAAGUUGGUAUACUCAGCACACGUUUAUGGUUGGUCUGGAUGGGGUUCUCUCGACCCAUAUUGGUACCGCAAAUACGAUUCUUUCGCAGAAGACAUGGGCCGCAAUUGGGAAUACUUACUUAAAAACAAUACCGCGCCUGUCUGGGUAGGUGAAGUCGGAAGUCCUAGGUACCCUGCUGAGAGAGACUUUCAUUAUUGGAGGAAUUUGAUGAGAUAUCUUCGUGCCACAGACGCUGAUGUAGCGUAUUGGGCUCUCAAUCCUCGGAAACCAAAGGACAACGAAGUUGAGACUUAUGGUCUUCUGGAAGACGACUGGAUGACGCCAAUAUAUGACUACAGGUUAUGGGAUCUGGCAAGUUUGCGAUGA